GCGUGAGCUUGCUUUCAUCGAUCCCGUCCCCUCCCACGCGUCAAAAACAACCCCCAUUUUUCCCUGUUUCAGAAAAACAGAGAGUCGCCGGUUUCAGAGUGAGGAGGCGACGAUGCACGCGAAAUCGUACUCGGAGGUGACGAGCGUGGAGCAGUCGUCGCCGGCGCGAUCGCCGMGGCGGCCGCUCUACUACGUGCAGAGCCCGUCGAACCACGACGUGGAGAAAAUGUCGUACGGGUCGAGCCCGAUGGGGUCGCCGCCGCACCACUUCUACCACGCCUCCCCSAUCCACCACUCCCGCGAGUCCUCCACCUCCCGCUUCUCCGCCUCCCUCAAGCCCAACMCCCGCAACCUCGCCGCCUGGAGGAAGCUCCACCGCCCCCUCGAAUCCGACGCCGACGACGACGAUGACGACGCCACCGCCGCCGCCGACGACCGCGAUUCCGAAUGGACCCGGAAGUUCCGGCUUUACUUGUUCUUGUUCGUUUUCUUCGUACUUCUCUUCACUGUGUUCUCCCUCAUCCUCUGGGGCGCCAGCAGAUCCUUCCACCCCCAAAUCAUCCUUCAGAGUAUGGUAUUCGAGAGGUUUAACGUACAAGCGGGGAGUGAUGCGGGGGGAGUGGCAACUGAUCUGAUGUCAUUAAAUUCGACGGUCAGGAUCAAGUACAGAAAUCCGGCCACGUUUUUCGGUGUCCACGUCAGCUCUUCCCCCAUCCAGCUCAACUAUUUCCAGCUCCAAAUCGCCUCCGGCCAGAUGAUGGAGUUCUACGAAAAAAGGCAGAGCUCUCGGAGGGUGGCGACAGCGGUGGCRGGGCACCAGGUGCCRCUGUACGGUGGGAUCGCGGUGAUCGGAAACUGGAGGGAGCAGCGACAGGAGGGGGUGGAGGUGCCGCUGAACCUGACGGUGGCGGUGAGGUCAAGAGCUUACAUUCUGGGGAAGCUGGUGAAGUCCACAUUCCACRCCACAAUUACUUGCUCACUCACUCUCAGAACUAAGAAUCUUGGCAAAUUCCACUCUCUCAACAAUUCUUGCAUUUACACUUAGAAAUUUUUUAGUCCCAAUUGGAAUUUGGAGCUCUYCACCAAUUUUGGUUCCUAUGAUUGUGCUUCAUCUCUUUGUAAUGUAAGUACCUCUUGUUUGUUAUUGCCUUUCUUUUWAAUUACCACUUCUGUCAUCUUCCUCUCUUGUAUCUAAACCUUCUUUUAUGUUGUUGCCUUUUGAACUUUGCAUGGGAGGAGCUCCCAAACUAGUUCAUUUUUGGUUAUUUAUGUUUUUGUAAAAUAUCAACAUUAGCC